AUGGGGGCGGCCGUGGGCGGCUGUUGCACGCAGCGGGAGGACGAGGACGGCGACAGGAGGCUGCCGGCUCCCCCUCCUGCCAGGCCUGCGAGCUCCACGUGCGGCGUGGCGUCCGCGAGCUCUGCGCGCAGACCGUCGCCGAGCCCGCUCGGGCCAGAGAGCCUCGGGUCGGACUGCGGCCUCGUGCUGUCUGGGUUCGCCACGGCGAACACGAGCAGGCUAAAUGAUUGCUACGAGAUGAAGAAGCAGAUGGGCAAAGGCUCGUACGGCUCCGUCACGCUGGCUGUCAAGAGAGACAGCAAAGCCGAGCGUGCGGUUAAGACAAUCGCCAAGGAGAAGUUGAGGGGUCGUAAGAACAGGGAGAAUAGCACCAUGAAGCUGUUCAGGAAGGAGGUGGAAAUCAUGUCCAUGUUGGACCACCCCCACAUAGUGCGGCUCUUCGAGACCUUCGAGGAUUCCAAGAACUAUCACCUAGUCAUGGAGGUGUGCAGCGGAGGUGAGCUGUUCGACCGAAUUGUCAGCGCCGUGCAUUUCACGGAAAUUCAAGCCGCCCAUUGCGUCGAGCAGAUUGUCAAGGGCGGGGGGCCGUGGGAUAUGCACACGCUCGGCAUCGCUCACCGGGAUCUGAAACCUGAGAACUUUUUGUGCCUCAAUGACGACCCGAUCGAAACGAACGUCAUCAAGAUAAUUGAUUUUGGUUUGGCAGCCCGCGUCACAAGGGGCAAGAUGUUGACCACUAGCUUGGGUACGCCCUACUACGUGGCCCCCGAGGUGCUUCAGCAGUCCUACGACGAGCUGUGCGACAUGUGGAGCUGCGGGGUGAUAAUGUACGUCCUGCUCACGGCGAGGUUCCUUUCCCUGGGUCGACUUCCGCUGCAAUUCUGCAGAGGGUCGUGA